AUGUUUUGCAUAGAAACCGGGGUAAAGCAUAUUUUAGCGCCGCCAUAUCAUCCCAGUUCAAAUGGUCAGGCGGAGAAGAUGGUGUCGAUUGUCAAGAACUGGUUAAGAAAAUCAAAGUAUAGAGGUGUGGAAAUUUGGAUAGCGGUGGCAUAUUACAACAAUAGUCGAAAGGGAGAAGAACAGUCUCCAGCGGAGAAGUUUUUAGGGCGGCGAACCAGGAUGUUAUUGGAUUUAUUAAAGCCGAACCCACAUCAAAAGAUGGAGAGAGAGAUAGCGGAGAAACCUGAGUUUGUAGUAGGACAAAUCGUGUGGGCAAGAAUAUAUGGAGGUACAAGAAGGUGGGAAUCUGGGGUGAUCAUGGAAAACAUGGGACACAAAUUAAAUCGAGUGAAAUUCAUCGACGGAAGAGAGGGAGUACGGCAUCGAGAUCAAUUGAAAAGGGGCGUGGAACCUGAGAGGUUAUCGGGAGUAUGA